AUGAAGCUGAAACUGCCAAACCCGGGUCUGGAGGAUCGGAUCCCUUCCCACGAGCAGCUGGAGAGGAUGGAGACAGAGGAGGCCGGGGAAAGGCCCAAAUGGGACAACAAGGCCCAGUACAUGCUGACAUGUGUGGGCUUCUGCGUUGGGCUGGGGAACGUCUGGCGCUUCCCCUACCUUUGUCAGAGCCAUGGAGGAGGUGCAUUUAUGAUUCCCUUUCUGAUCCUGCUGGUCCUUGAAGGCGUUCCGCUCUUACACCUGGAAUUUGCCAUUGGUCAGCGCCUCAGGAAGGGCAGUGUGGGGGUCUGGAAGGCCAUCCAUCCCUACAUGACUGGCGUAGGUAUUGCAUCCAUGUUGGUGUCCUUUCUGGUCAGCCUUUACUACAACACCAUCAUUGCCUGGGUGAUGUGGUACUUCUUCAACUCCUUCCAGGAACCACUGCCAUGGAGCCAAUGUCCUAUCAAUGAGAACAGGACAGGUCUGGAGUGGGAAUGUGAGAAAAGCUCCCCUGUUGAUUACUUCUGGUACCGGGAGACGCUCAACACCUCACCUGCCAUCGAUGAGUCAGGUGGUCUGCAGUGGUGGAUGGUGCUGUGCCUGGUGUCAGCCUGGGGCGUGCUUUACAUAUGCUGCAUCCGUGGCAUUGAGACCACCGGGAAGGCUGUGUAUAUCACCUCUACCCUCCCAUAUGUGGUGCUCACCAUCUUCCUGAUCCGUGGUUUGACUCUGAAAGGGUCUGUGAAUGGAAUAAAGUUCCUCUUCACCCCUGAUCUGGAAGAGCUGGCUAACCCAAGCACCUGGCUGGACGCAGGUGCCCAAGUGUUCUACUCCUUCUCACUGGCUUUUGGUGGCCUCAUUUCCUUCUCCAGCUACAACUCAGUGUUUAAUAAUUGUGAACAGGAUGCAGUGAUCAUCUCUGUCAUCAAUGGAAUCACCUCUGUCUAUGCGGCAACUGUUAUCUACACCAUCAUUGGUUUCCGCGCCACUGAGAGGUUUGAUGACUGCCUCAAUGGGAACAUCCUGGCACUGAUUAAUGCAUUUGAUCUUCCUGAGGGAAACAUCAUAGAGAGCAAUUAUACCGAGGCUCUGCAAAGUCUCAACAGCACAAAUCCACAAAUCAUUGAGCAGCUGAACUUGAAGACCUGCAAUCUUGACACAUUCCUCAGUGAGGGGGUUGAGGGAACUGGUCUGGCCUUCAUUGUGUUCACAGAGGCCAUCACCAAGAUGCCUGUAUCUCCACUGUGGUCCAUUCUCUUCUUCAUCAUGCUCUUCUGCCUUGGCCUGUCCUCCAUGUUUGGCAACAUUGAAGGGGUGCUGGUGCCCCUGCAGGACCUCAAGGUGUUCCCUAAGAAGUGGCCAAAGGAAGCUAUCAGUGGGGUGACUUGUCUCGUCUGUUGCCUCACGGGCCUGAUAUUUGUCCAGCAGUCAGGUAACUACUGGCUAGCCCUCUUCGACAGCUUUGCUGGAUCCAUCCCUCUGCUGAUCAUCGCCUUCUGUGAGAUGGUGGGCGUGGUGUACCUGUAUGGGAUAGACAGGUUCAACGAUGACAUAAAGUUCAUGAUCGGUCACAAGCCCAACAUGUUCUGGCAGGCCACAUGGAGGGUGAUCAGUCCCCUCAUCAUGCUAGUGAUCUUCCUCUUCUACUUCAUCACUAAAGUCAGUGCUGAGCUCUUCUACAUUGCCUGGGAUCCCAAGUCGGAGAACUUUCCCACUCUGGAGAAGCUACCUUAUCCGGGUUGGGUCUAUGUUAUAAUCUUCCUACUAGCUGGUGUUCCAAGCAUCGCUGUGCCCUUUACUGCGGUCUUCAAAUUUUUACAGAACCACUACUGCAAAAAACAAGAUAAAUACAAGGAAAAGGCACUCCCAACUAUCUCCUCUAAAGUUCCCAUAACUGAUUAAUCUGUGAAAUCUUAAUACUCCUUA